AUGGUGGACUGUGAUGGAUAUAAUAUGGAUAUAUCGAAAGCAACGCAGAAAGACAUCCCUCGACGUAAAAGCGACCCUGGUACAUGUCGUUCAAUGACCGCAGAAACCAUGAUAGCAGCUGAAUUGCCUUGGGGAUCGUUGAAAUUAAUAACGGCUUCGAAUGUUUACUAUUCGACACUGCCGAGCGAAUUUGCCGUGAAGUCACUCCUUCAAGAGCUAUUUGCUGUAUUCGAGAAAAAACUUCAAAAUAUUAUGGACGAUGAACAGUCGGACAAAAUUUUGAGUCGAUGUUUGCAAAUAGGUGAUGAUACGUAUGUGGACAACUUAAUGAAAGCACUGAAUGGUCUUUGUGAGCACUGCCUACCGUCUGUGUUAUCCACAAUUAUUCAGUGGUAUGGAACGCAGAUCGAAUUAUCGUCAGAUGAGAUUGGAACAUCAGUUGGAACCAACUAUAAUAAUGUGCUAUCAGUGGCAGAACGAUAUGCAGAAGUACUGGGUGUACUGUCACAGUCGCAUUCAUUGCUCAUUCAGAAUACAUUCCUAUCGCAGUUGUCCGAACUGAAGAAAGAAACACCAAUCACACCAAACACUGUCAACAAUAUUAUCGCUCUCCUUAUGGCUAUGAAAUUCUUUCGCGUUAAGACAAACGAAGUGAGCGAUUUCGAGUUGGGAAUACGGUUUCUGGAUGAGUUGGGACAGUAUUAUUUGGAAGUCAAAGAUAAGGAUAUCAAACACGCAAUUGCCGGUCUUUUAGUCGAGAUUCUUCUACCUGUUGCUGCGCAAAUCAAAACAGAGGUUAACAUUCCUGCGCUGAUUUCUUUCGUUGAAAGACUUUACGGACCAACCUUUGAUCUUGUGAAUAAGAAACGUGAUAAAAUGGCUGCAUAUCCGUUAUUGACGUGUCUAUUGUGCAUCAGUCAAAGCAAAUUCUUUCUGGCGAAUUGGACACAAUUCUUGUCGUCAACGUUAGCGAGCCUUAAAAGUAAAGACACCAAGGUGUCUCGGGUUGCACUCGAAUCGCUUUAUCGCCUUCUCUGGGUGUACGUGAUUCGUAAUAACUGUGAAGGGAAUACAGCAACGAGAAAUCGUUUGGAAUCAAUUUGUAAUUCGUUAUUUCCGAAAGGAAAUCGUGCAAUAAUACCGCGAGAUGCACCGCUGAAUAUCUUCGUCAAAAUCAUUCAUUUCAUCGCACAGCAAAAACUUGACUUCGCUUUUAAGGAAAUAAUCUUUGACUUGUUGGGUUGUAACCGAGCUCAUAGCGUUCUGAAAAGUUCGCUCUAUCCUGAACGUAUGAAUAUUGGUAUUCGAGCAUUGAUGGUUAUCGCAAAUGGUUUACAACAAAAGGAGGGUCCUCCAGAUAUGCCUCGUUCAAUGGCGAGUAAUGCAACACAACGAAUGAAGAAAACUUACAUUUCAAGACCGCUGACACCGGAUAUAGCCAGAUCGAUUGGUCUCGAACAGUACUAUGGACCGUGUAGAAAGGCAUUCGAUAACAUAUUGCGAACACUCGAUAUACAAGUUGGUAAACCACUGCUGUUGACUGCUACACAAACACGUGGCAAAGAGCCUGAAGAACUUUUGACUGGUGAAGUAAAGCCAAAAUUGGAUUUGUUCCGAACUUGCGUUGCAGCUAUCCCACGUCUUCUUCCCGAUUCAAUGAGCCAUUCCGAAUUGGUCGAACUGUUGAUUCGUAUGAAUGUGCAUAUCGAUGAAGAGUUACGCGUUCAUGCAGCGCAGACACUGCAGACUCUGAUGGGUGAGUGUGCUGAUUGGCGUGAGGAUAUCGUUCACACAAUACUCACGUUUCUUACCAGUCAUCUUCUGGAUACAUAUCCAUCGCUGUUGGAUUCAUCGUUGCGAUUGUUGCAUCAGUUAAUGUUUACAUGGAAAACAGCAGCUCAUAUCGAACGAAAACGAGAUCUGAACAGGACAGUGGAGAAAGACUCGGAAUUGAUCAAUCCGAUUAAAAUGCAAAUCUCACCAAUUCUCACGAAUUCAGUGGCAUUAGCGUUGCAUUCAGUUGAGGGUUUCUCGUUGGCAAUGAUGUGUCAGUACCGCACACAAUCGCGUAAAAUCGCUAUUAAUAUCCUCAGAGAGGUCAGGCAAUUGCUGUUGUUGAUAACACCGUAUCAGCACGAUACACCUGUAAUCGAAGUACUCGAUAACGCAACGCCAUAUGUUAUCAAUAAAUACAUCGAACAUGUACCAUUAUCAGAAAGACAAUCCUGGAAUCAAGAUUUUUCAUCAUCAUCCGAUAAAAUUGGCUCGAUUGAAACGGACAAUUGUCUGGUGAAUAGCGAUCGUGGCAAUGAGUACUUCUAUUGGGAUCCGUGGGCAUGUGCCUUAUCUGGCUAUUGUGAACAUCAGUUUUUGAUAACGCAAUGUCCUACGGCUGUCUUCUAUGCAUGGCCUGUCGUGAACACUCGUCUUAAUGCGUGCUAUAAUUUCAUCGAUCCAAGUAAUCCACAAAAUGAGAAUCGUGCAUCAUUGUUGCGAUCGUCAAAAAGCAAAGGAACCGCAUCAUCGGUGUACGGUGAAUCACUGGGGCAAGACAGCUAUUUGGCGUUGUGGCAGAAAUAUCUGGUAAUGGCCUGUGCUCUCGCACCACCACCCUCAAACUCUGUCUCGUCGUUGGCUCGAAGCUUCUCGCCAACUUCAUCCAUCGAUAAUGAGAGUGUAUUUCGAUCGUUCACAACAUCAGUACGAGCUCCACGUCUCUCGUCAUCGGGUUCAUCGUCGGGAUUCUAUCAGAAAAUAAUAUCGAUGUUGAGAUGGGAACAGAUGACCGAUAUGAGAGACAGUGUUGUGUUGGGUGUUGGAUCCACAAAUCCACUUGCUUUUGAGUUGGUUGCUACGUUUCGCGGUGUCUUACCCGUGUGCGGAUGUAUUGAUCCCGAAAGCGGUCUUUGUCAGGUUUUGGUCGACUUCAUUGAGUCGAUGCGUCAGAAUCUGGAGUGUGAUCAGGAUCGCGAUUUAGCCCUGUUAACCAAUCUUCGACUGCAUUUCGCUAAGACAGUCGCGUUGAUUAUCAACACGAUACCACCAGAAAAACGUCGAAAUUUGUUGGCAAGUAACAAGAAGCAGUCGUUGUUUUCGCUGUUCGCGUCGUGGUGCAGUAGAAGUAUCGCAUCCAGCGAUCGAAGGUCAGUACAGUAUCGUAAAUCAAGGUCUGUUCCUCGUGCCCGUUGUGCUUUUCCGUUCCUCUUUUCUCCUUUUCUUGAGGCGAUGUGUGCGUUGUUGUGCUGUGGUCCGAUUUUUGACUCGUCGAAAUCGAUCGGAGAAGAUGGCUAUCUGUACGGAUGGCUGGAAACACUUCUUGACUCGACCAAUCCAAUUGUUAUUUUUAUUUUGGAGAAUUUGGUUGAAUCAACGCUGAGCACAAUGUUGGAUUUGAAUGACGAGAAUGCACAUCUGCUCGAUUGGACUGUUAAUGUUUGCUACUCGAAACCAGCCAGUGUUGCUGCGAAAUGUUUCAGGGCGUUGGUUAUGUUGUUCUCGAAAAGGUGA